AUGUAUAAUAAUUCAAAUAUAUAUUCAAUGUUUUAUGAAAUUAGUUACGUAAUUUCUACGAUUGAAUCGAAACAAAUAAAUAUUGAAGUUGAUUUGUGGAAAUUACAAAAACGUAUAAAAAAUUUAAGAAAAUCAAUCAAUAGUGCUAAAGAUUUAAGAAAUGAUUAUAGAAUAAUGACGCGGAGUAAAACGGAGCCUAAAAGAAAUAAUUUUAAUUCGAAAACAAAAAAAUUAAAAGGAAAUAAAGUAAAAUAUAAGAAAUCAUUAAAUAGCACGUCCAAUAGUUCAAAAUAUUUUGAUAAAAAUGAUGGAAAACUUAAAGAGCAUUUUUUAAAUAAAAAACCAACAUUUAAUUCAAAGGAAAGUGAAAAACAUAAAAAACACAAGGGAGGAGAUUAUAAAAAAAAUUAUUAUGAUUAUAAAAAUCGAAGGAAAAAGGAUACUAAAAGUAAACAAAUUAAAAUGGAGGAAACUCCAUAUUGUGAAUCCAUGCUUAGUAAUUUUGAUAGGAAAUCAUUUUUAAGUAAAAAAACAAAUCCAUCGAGGAAUUCAUAUGAUUUUCAUUUAGUUAACGACGAACUCUUACAAAGAUAUUUAAGGGAUAUAAUAAAAUAUAAAAGGAAAAAUUUUAUUCAACAAAAAAAUGAAAAUUUUAAUAAAAAUCAAAAUGAUAAUAUGAUAAAAUCUAAAUGCAAGACUUGUCAAUAUGUAGGCAAUAGUUUUAAAAAUAAAAAAAGAAAUUCUAGAAAAUGUGACUCCACGUUUUCUGAUUAUAAUGAACCGUUAAAAAAAAAAUAUCUUAAAAAAUAA